UCGUCACCUCUAUUGUCUCUUGUGUUUGCACUGGACUAUAAACACUUGGUUGUCUGGGAUGUCCUUUGUUAUUGCUGUUCCCACUCAACACAAGGGGUGCUGAUCCUGGGCUGCGACUCACAGGCACAGAGAAGAGGCUCUGAGUGGGGUGUCCUUGAGUGGGAUCCCCUCCUGUGAGCUGUGUGAGGGGGACAGAAGGGUCAUGAGGAGAGCCUCAGCUCCCCGGGAUGGGCUCACUGCUGCACUGCACUACUGGUUCCUCUGGAUCUGCCUUCACUUGGGACCCAGUGGCAUUUCAACAUUGACUGUCAGACAGAUGGACUGUGGAACACAUGGACAAGGAAACCUGCAUGGGUGUCAACAAUCAAAGUUACAUAUGUGAAACGGGCCACUGUUGUGGACAAUCCCAGUGUUGCAACUACUACUAUGAACUCUGGUGGUUUUGGCUGGUGUGGACCAUCAUCAUCAUCCUCAGCUGCUGUUGUGUUUGCCAUCACCGACGCACCAAGCAUCGUCUCCAGGCCCAGCAGCGGCAACACGAGAUCAACCUGAUCGCUUACCGGGAAGCCCACAACUAUUCAGCUCUGCCCUUUUACUUCCGGUUUUUGCCAAAUUACUUACUACCUCCCUACGAGGAAGUGGUGAACCGCCCGCCGACCCCUCCGCCACCAUACAGUGCCUUACAUCAGCAGUGCGUCCCAGCAGGCAGCAGUAGCACAAUCCCGGACACGCCAAGAAACCUGCAGCCGGCGCAGAGCGGCUCGGCAGCACCCAGCGGCAAUAACGGCAGCACCGACAGCCCCGGCCCGCCCAGCCUCGGCGACCCCCAGCCCUCCGCCACCACGCUGGGCGAGCGAGCGGUUGCCAAAAUGCAGCGCAUCGAGCCCGGCGGCACCAGCACGGGAGCCGAGCCGGUGGAGAGGCCCGGGCCCGAUAAGGAUACGGAGUGCAAGGAGGAACUGCUGAAAGGUUACAGCUCUGAGAGCUUAGAGCAGAGCGGCGCCAUUCCCGACGCCAAGGACAAGACGCCGGGCAGGCAGCGCCGCUUCACCGGCGACUCGGGCAUCGAAGUCUGCGUCUGCAACCGGGGCCAUCACGACGACGACCUCAAGGAGUUCGACGGGCUCAUCGACGACACGCUGGACGGGCCCCUGGACUUCUGUGACAGCUGCAGCGGCCGCCCGCACGGGGACGAGGAGGAAGGGCUCUUCAGUGCCGCGGAAGAGCAGCCCCGCGAGCACGGCCACCACCACCUGCCCCGGCAGCCGCUCUGUGUACUCUUGAACACAAUAAACGAGCAGGACUCUCCAAACUCUUGUACCAAUAACUCCCCCAGCUAAGGCAGCAGAGCAGAAGGGAGAAUCGAGGGAAAAACGCAGAGAAAUAAAAAAUGGAAUAAGAGGAUUAAAACUUUCACAGGAGGAAAAGGUGAUACGACCUUCUCUUUUUAGUUUAUUUUUCUUUCUCCCCCUCAAUAUGAUUCGGGGACUAGUCCUCGAAGGCCCGGCUUGCGGGGGACGGGUCGCUCUGGGUUUCGUUAAUCGUGUUCGUCCUGCUCCGUGGGACAGGGACUGGUGUUUCUCAAUGAGACCUAACAAGUGGGAUAUUCCUAAUGGUGAUUUUGGUGAUGGUUAUUACAAGUUUGUUGGUUCUAGUUUUCCGAAACACUGCUUUAUCUCGCAAUCAGUAAAGCCCAGCAAAUCUCACCCUGGGAGGAUGCGAGAUCACCGUUAAGGCUCCAACCUCCAGGUGUCUUCCCAGAAGCAAGCAGCUUCUGACAGUGCCAGCAGUCAGUAGCCCAAGAGUUCUGGUUUGAGGUCGUGCUCUUGAGGCAUUGGGGAUUUCUUUUCGUUUUAGCUUUCCUUUUGUUUUGUUUGUAUUUGGUGUUGAGUUUUCCUGAAGCUGAUGAAUGCCUGAACACAUCAGCCCCAUCCUCUCCGGUGCUUCAGCGUGUAAGACGGCAGGCAGGGAACUUCCCACUCGAAGCUGCUCACUGAAGGACCACUUUCUUCUGAAAGGAGCAUUAGGCUGCCAUAAGCAGUUGGAGAAGAAGGGGUUUGCAGAAACAUGCCUUUAUACGUCGUUUUUAAAGACAAGUGUAUUCCUUCAAUGCCUCUAAGAGCACAGUUAGAAGUAGAAUCCAGGCAGCUGGGCUGCCUUCCAAGUACUGUGGUCUCCGAGUGACCUUUUCCCGGUGUGCUGCAAAAGGGCUUGGCUUUAUUGUUUGGGUUUUUUUUCCCCCCCCUUCUUUUGCACCCCGAGAGCAGCACACUUGAGUUAGAUGACAAAAAAAAAAAUCAAAGAACAGGGCUCUCUUUGGCCAGCGUGCCUUCAAGCUUCAGCAAUGCAUGUUGAACAAAAGGAGACGAGAGCUCCGUCCGUGGCGAAGGGAGGACUUACCUUGUGGAUGUGGACGACCUGCGCAGUAUUUUUCUUUCAUCUUUUUGUUUUUCUUUUUCUAAUCAAGAAAUUCGGUGCGAUUCCAAUGUUGACCACUUAAAAGAAAUGAAUGUCUGUUUCCUUUUUCUUUCUUUGUUUGUUUUUUGUUUGUUAUGGUGGCAACUGGCUACUGUAUAAUGUCUGUGAGUGUGUGUGUGUGAUUGCCAUCCAUGCAUGCGAGUCCUACUGGUAAUAUGAAAACCUGCUGUAAGACUGCAAGAAAAUUUACUGUAGCUUUGCUUUGAUAAACGGUAGAGAUUUUGUUAGCAACAACCUGAAGGAAAAGAAAGAAAGAAAGAAAAAAAAAAAGAGAAGAGCUGAAACUAACAUUCCCUCGAGCGCUCCCGUGGAAGAGAGCACAGUUCAGACUACGUAUCUUGUUCUCGGGUUUUCUCCCCAUACCUUUUAUAAUUAUGAUCGUGCAGAUCAUUGCUGUUAUGGGGGAAAAAGUGAAAACAGAGCUCGGACAUAUUGAGAUUUGAUUGACUGAAAACCAAAAUCCAUUUUAAAUAAGGUGGAAACCAAAAUAUAAUGCCUUUUUCUGAUAA